AGCUAGUCAGAGGUCUGGAAUCCUGUUAUAUCACUGUUAACAUAAAGUUACUCUCAACACAACAGUCGACAAAGACAUCAUUCAACUUACUGAAAGAGGCUAUGCUUACUGUUAAAGGCACACGUGAGUUAACUAGCGUUGCUACAAAAGAAGGCAUGUCAGCGGCUGAUUCCAGGAAAAUGGCGACAAAAUCCCGCAGAGUCUGUUUUCUCAGCGGAUUACGUGGCACGACAGUGCAUUCAGUGGGAAGGCGUAUGUGUAACGGUCAUUGUAAAAUGACACACGGACAUUGCACAUGUUGGCUGAUCUCUAACCUGAGUUUUGCCUCGGCUGAUAUCUACGGUCCAAAAUGUCUCAGCUGUGAAGAAGUGGAGAGUCCAUCAGACUGCCUGCACACUAAACGAUGCUGGGCACACGAGCAAUGCUUCACGGAACAUCUAGCCAAUUCCAGCGGAGCCACAUGGUACAACUUCGGCUGUAGGAUAAUAGAGGAAUGCAGUCUGCUGGAAUCUUCCAUCCGGCAAAGACGAGGGGUUGAACCAACAAUAACACUGUGUGAGCGAUGCUGUACAGGUGAUGCCUGUAACACCCAUCUCUGUUCAACAACAACAGGUAAUCAGUCUCUUUCCUGCUUUUCCUGUGAUGCCACCGACGAUCCUAACGACUGUCACGUGGUUAAACACUGCGAUCCGCACGAGGUGUGCUACUCUGAGUCAGUAAUAGAAGACACUCCAGUUCCCAGGCACACUUUGGGUUGUGUGUCACAAUCGUUUUGUGAUCUGCUAACGGGAAAUGUUAUCGGUCGUCGAACAGCUGAUAACCGAGAAAAGAGAAAAACUCACCUGUGUCAGAAAUGCUGUCAUACAUCAGGGUGCAACAGUGACGUCUGCUUCUCACAGCAGCCAAUCCCCCAAACAACAAGGAUCCCCUUCAAAAACGAUAUUCGCCUGGUCGGAAUGAACUCCUCGAUGGCCGGAAGACUGGAGGUGUACCAUGACUCCCAGUGGGGUACUGUGUGUGAUGACUCCUUCGAAGCCGAAUCCGCCCGCAUGGCAUGUCGACAACUUGGCUUCUCUGGUGAGACGGCUUUGAUCCUCCCAAACAAAAUCCCUGGCUCCGGACCCAUCUGGCUGGACGACGUGAGGUGUUAUGGUUACGAGUCGUCUCUGUUUGCCUGUGGUCACAGAAACUGGGGAGACAACAACUGUGGUCAUCACGAGGACAUCGUUCUCCGAUGUCGAUAUGAUUCCGUGGGAAUUCGCCUUGUCGGUUUAAACUCCCCUGUGGCAGGAAGACUUGAAGUCAGCAUUGGAACAGACUGGGGAACCGUCUGCAACGAUUUCUUUACACGUGAAUCUGCCAGAGUCGCCUGUCGUCAGCUUGGUCUUCCAAAUGAACAGGUGUUCAUCUUGGGAAACAUUCGCCUCCCAGGGACAGGCUCCAUCUGGUUGGACGAAGUAAGGUGUGAGGGCAAUGAGACUUCUCUCCUCUCCUGUAAUCACAGGGGCUUAGGUCAGGGGCAUUGCCAACAUAGAGAAGACAUCGUCAUCAGAUGUGGGCUUGAUCUGAAGAAUUCCACAGUCAGACUUGUUAACGGUUCGUCAUACAGCGAAGGCCGCGUGGAAGUGCUCUAUAACGGGACAUGGGGAGCAGUUUGUGACAAUAGCUUUAAUCACAAAGCCGCCAGGGUGGGGAGCAAUUGA